GAGUUGUCACGAAGCAGGACGGGAGUGGCCGUGCGAGUUCCCCUUCGCGCCUCUUCUGGCGAUGACGGCACGUUUUGGCUUUGACACCUUCCUGUCUUGCUGUUGCCUCGGAGCGCUUCAGUGCAGUCACACGAUGGACUGGCUCACUUCGACGGCAAUUUUCAUGACGGUGUCUCUUGCCGGUGGCAGGAGCCUUCACCACACCAUAUAUGGAGCGACAUGCCGCAACGACACAAUUGGUUCUUGUUUUCUUCUCCGCAGUGUUGAAAAGUACACUUGGUUUCAAUAUUGACCCCGUGGCUUGGAAGACCUUGAGGAACCCCGCGGAAAGUUUCGGAUACCAGAUCGUGCAAAGACAAGCCAACUUGCUGGUCAGCGCACCCCUUGAUCAGGAUUCACAAGACAGAAGAGGGACAAUCUGGAAAUGCUCCACGGAGUCCUGCACCGCGCUGCCAAUUUCAGUGCCCGAUUUUGCCGUCAACAUGUCUCUCGGUUUGACCAUGACACUGGAUCCGUCCACGGGAGCCGCCAUGGCAUGCGGUCCGACCAUCCCCAAAGACUGUGGAAGCAUCACCAUGUACAACGGCGCGUGCUUGCAGAUCGACCGUAUGGAUGGCGUCGGAGCUCCCCUGCCGCCUUCUCUGGACGUGUGCAAAAAUCAAGCUGACAUCGCAUUUCUCCUGGACGGCUCGGGGAGUGUGGCCGCGGAAAGUUUUAGACAAAUGAAGACGUUUGUCAGUAAUCUCAUUGGCUCCUUUUUGGACAAAGAUUCCCAGUUUGCUGUCGUCCAAUUCUCCAACAAUCCCACCAUCCAUAAUUAUUUUUAUAACUUCAACGUUAACAGCUGGAGAAAUUAUAUUAAUGGAAUCAAACAGAUCAGAGGAGGGACAAACACAGCCAGAGCCAUCCAAAGCGUUGUGGACCAUGUAUUUGUGGCAAGCAGAGGUUCCAGGCCCAAUGUGAAGAAGAUUCUAAUCGUCAUUACAGACGGAGAAUCUGGCGACCAUCACAACUUGCCGUCGGCGCUAACUGCAGCCGAAAGGAAAAACAUCGGUCGAUUUGCCAUCGGAGUGGGCCGUGCGUUUAAGAAUGAGAAUGCGAAGCAGGAGCUGAACGCCAUCGCAUCUUCUCCCUCAGCAAAGCAUGUCUUUCAAGUGGAGAACUUUGCCGCGCUCGAGGCAAUACGGGAGACUUUGCAGGACAGCAUCUUCGCUAUUGAAGGCUCGCAAUCGAGCGGCGAGACCCUCAAACUGGAGAUGGCUCAGCAGGGAUUCAGCGCCGCCUACGUGCCCGGGGGAAUACAGAUCGCGGCUGUCGGGGCCAACGAAUGGAGAGGAGGCUUCCAAACGUACACCGACCAGGGAGCAAGCGCCUAUUUGCCCAUGAGCAUUGCGCCGGACAGCUAUCUCGGCUAUUCGCUAACAGUUGCCCAAACACGCAACGCGAGGUUGACGGUCGUCGGUGCUCCGAGGUAUCUACACAGAGGAGUUGUGAUGGUGAUUUCCCAAAACAGGCUUGAACAAACGAUAGACCCCUUCCAAUGGCAGUAUCAGAUCGGGGAAUAUUUCGGAGCGGUGGUCUGCGCCAUGGACGUGAACGGGGACGCAAGCACGGAUGUCAUCCUCAUCUCUGCCCCCAUGUUUGCGGAGGAGGAUCGAGAGGGGAGGGUUUACGCUUGCACCAUGAUUGGUUUGAAAGUCGAGUGUCGGUUCGACUCUCCGGUCGUCCUCCGAGGAGUGCGGUCGCCCAGAGCGCGUUUUGGCUCCUCCCUCGCCAUACUGCCCGACCUCAACUCGGACGGACUCAACGACUUGGCGGUCGGGGCGCCGUUGGAGGAUGACGGACAAGGCGCCGUCUACGUAUUUCAUAGCGAGCGAACGGGGAUCUCGACUACUUUCUCACAGAGGAUCGCUGGCUCAGAGUUGCGGUCGGGACUCAGGUUCUUCGGCAUGUCCAUUAGCCAGUCCUCUGCGGACCUCAGCGGGGACAACCUGCCCGACUUUGCUGUGGGUUCGAAAGGAACCGUCACCUUACUCAGAUCCAAGCCCAUCGUCACGGUGGAAAGCAUGCUGUCCUAUGCACCGAUACAGGUCUCGACGAAAAACGCCGACUGUAACAAGCCAAAGAACUUUGUGGCAGAGAUCUGCUUUGUGAUGAUCGCACUCUCCAGCGUGCCAACAGCCAAGGCCAGAGUUAAUUACACUCUGACGCUGGAUGCGACCCGCAAGGCGCCCAACAACCGAGGUUACAUCAGUGAGGACAACAGAGAAAAAAGCGGGACCCGCAUUCUGGAUUUGGCAGCGGCACAAUGUUUCAAUGUCAACUUCUUCAUCGAGCCCUGCCCGGAAGACGCCUUGAAUCCGCUCUACAAUGAGCUCAGAUUCACUUUUGAAGGCUUGCCCGCCGCCGCCAACGCCCUGAGCCCCAGUCUGGCCGCCCAGGCCCAGACGGCCAACAUUCAUCCGUUGGCCUUUGAGAUCAACUGCGGCCUCGACAAACAAUGUGUGGAUAACCUCCAGCUGGACUUCAAUUUUAGCAGAUCGUCGGAGGUCCGAGUGGGCAUUGACGAACUCUUGAACGUCACCGUAUCUGUGGAGAACCUGGGGGAAGACGCGUACAACGCCCUCGUUGUUCUUACGUACCCGGCCGAGUUCUCCUUCAGGAAGUUUGCCGUCUUGCAGGGCCGAAUUGAGUGCAACUCCUUGGACAGCGAAAGUGGCCUAUCUCGGGGAAAGACAGAUUGCACCGUUGACAAGCCCAUUCUCAGAAGCAACACAUCGGCCGUCUUUGUGGUGUCGUACGGCAUCGAAACCAACAGCCGACUGGACUCCAGAAUUUCGGUCACAGCAAACGCAACAAGCAGUAACCAGCGGCACUCGGCUUUAAGCCAACUUUACAAAGAGAAAGACAUUGGCGUCAAGUACAGCAUUUUUGUCACGAUGGAAAGUUCCCUAAGCUACGUCAAUUUCACCUUUGGAAAGAAUGACGUGCAGAAAACGGUCGAGCAAACCGUUCUGGUUUCCAACAACGUCCGAGCCUUUCAUGUCACAGUGGUGAUCAGGGUGCCCGUGAAGCUUGGCGAAAAGGACAUCUGGGCCAAUCUGAGCUCUUUGCAGAUUCCAGACUGUCAGUACAGCAACGACGAACAAGCCAAUGUCUCCGAUUGGCGUGGUCACCUGCAAAAAAAUAAGAUUUUGGACUGCUCGGUGGCCACAUGCAGGGUGUUCAAGUGUCCUCGCUUUAUGGGAAGGCUGGAGGGCAAACGGUACAAAAUAUCAGCCAAUAUGAGUUCGGCUUGGAUCCAGCAGAUCGGACUCGACAGGGCCAAGUUCAUCUUGACCACCACGGCCAGUCUGGAGUAUGACGAGAACCAGUAUAUCUUCUUUUCGCCAUCAUCUAAUAACGACCCUCCGGCACGCAAGAUUGAGACAGAGGUGGAAGUGUACCCUCAACCGGACUUCACCAAAGAGAUUGUUGGCGGUUCCUUAGGCGGGCUGGCUAUCCUGGUUCUCCUCUCAGUUGUCCUUUAUAAGGCUGGAUUUUUCAAAAGUAAAUACAAGGAAAUGAUUAACGAUGCCGACGGUGCAGACACAGGCGGCCCGGUGCAUGACGAGCGCGCACUCACGCAGUAGUAACAAAAUUGCUGCCCUUUUUU